AUGUCGGACGAUACCAACAACAACAACGAUGCUCCCCCACACACCACGAUAGAUGAUUGUGAUGUGAAUUGGCAAUAUAUGGGAGAUACUUGGGGAACAAACCAUACUGAUGAUCCACUGGUUGGAGAAUAUCAUCAUGGGACAUUCACCAGUACUACGAUUCACAGAGCUUCCGCGAGAUUAUGCUGGACAGGAACCAAUGCUGAAAUCUUGGGAGCCAAGCGAAAAAAUCAUGCACUGUACACUGUAACAGUCGAUAAUGGAGAAAUCCAAUGGUUAAAUGGAUAUAGUGAAAAGGCUCAAAUCCAAGCUACAUUAUAUAAAACCGAAGGAUUGGAAUGGGGUAAUCAUCAGAUUACUUUGACGAGUAUGCCUAAAAAAAAUAUGACGGCAAAAGAUCAUAUUUGGUUUGAUAUUGAUUAUGCUGAGAUUGAUGGUUGGCCUAUCGAUUGUAAAGAUUUACCUGAGAAUACCAUCUUACCUCCCACCGGAAUGAUCGCACCUGCCCCGUCUACGACCUACCCCAUUUCCAAUUCCAACUCCACCUCUACUUCCGCCAAUUCAACUGAAACGGGUACUGGUAAUUCAAAAAGUAGUACCAUAUCCUCUUUCAGAACCAACUCUACCGCGACACUUACCGAAGCUCCAAUCGCCACUUCGAACGGUAUCGCGACUCUGGCCAACUCGACAGCUGUGAUCAGUCCUACUACGACUAUCAUGAUGAGUUCACCGUCAUCAUCUGUCCAAGCGUCUGGUGUGUCUAGCAGUUCCACUACGACUUCCUCUGGAGCUUCCAGCUUGGCUCAUUCACCCAGAUCAAAUUGGAUUCAUUGUCAAUUAGCUUUGAUCGGUAUGAUGGGGUUCUAUAUUUUCAAGUGGAUCUUUUAA